AUGCAGCAGAAUAUGAGAUAUGCACAGCCUUCCGUUUUUUGGAUGGAUCCAUGUAGAAACCCGCAAUUGCCAAGCCAAGUCAAUAUGCCUCUACCACCCCCAUUCCCGGACUUUAGGAAAAAACGACGUAAAGAUGGCACUUGUACUUACUUGCUGAUCAUGUUUCUUCUGGUUUUGCUGGCACUUUUUGGAGUUGGUCUUGGCACCUAUAAAAUCAUCGAGUUGCAAAGGGAACUGGACAUUGUUAAAGAGAUUUCUGGUGACAAAGAAUUAUCUCCUGCUUUGGAAAAAUUGAUUGGACUGAACAAACACCCAUUGGAGAAGAAAGAAAGUAAAUGUGCUGCACAUGUAACAGGUAAAGAAGGAAGCACUUUGCCGCUAGCAUGGGAGGAAACAUUUGGACGUGCUUUCACCUCUGGUAUCCAAUACAAAAACCGGGGCCUAGUGGUGAAUCAGACUGGCCUGUACUUCCUUUAUACAUCUAUUUACUUCAGAAGCACUUCCUGCCAGAGUAAAGAAUUGUCCCAUACUGUCUUCAAGAAGUCCAAGAGGUACCCCGGAGAACUCACGCUGAUGAAAAAUACAGAGUAUCAAUACUGCACCUCCAAUAACAAAUGGGGAAGACACAGCUAUCUGGGUGCUCUGUUUAACCUUACCACUGAAGAAACGUUGUAUGUCAAUGUCUCAGAUAUUAAACUUGUCAGUUUUGAUGAAUCCAGGACAUUCUUCGGGCUUUACAAACUCUGA